GAUCUGUGCCGGGAGCUUCAUGAGAAAGUAGAGAUUGUGGAUGAAGAGAGAUAUGAUUUUGAAGCAAAGUGUAACCAUAACACACGGGAGGAACGUCCAGUAGAAGUGGGUGACUGGCGUAAGAAUGUGGAGGCCAUGUCAGGAAUGGAAGGCAGGAAGAAGAUGUUUGAUGCUGCCAAAUCACCAACAGGACAAUGAGAAGUCAUAUUUCUUUCAUAGAAACAUGAAGAGCCCUUCCAUAGAGCCUACGUGCAUCACUUUUUUU